GAUGUGCACCACCAACGCCUGUCUGAGUUAAAUGAAUUUUAUAAAACCACAACUAUCCUGUUUAUUAUCUAGGAGAGACACAUUGAUUUAAGGUUACAAACAGGUUGACAAUGCAGGAAGCAAAAAAUACUUAAUUUAAAUGGUAGCCAGCGGAGAGGAAAUGUGACUAUAGCAGAAAAAUACAAUUUAAAUAUAGUAGUCAUAAGGUGAUAACCAGUAGCAUACCUUUGGGCUUUCAGAACUGUGAACUAAAUAAAUACAGGGCUUUUUUUGUUUUGUUUUUUGUUUUGUUUUUACUACUGAGUAUCAGAAAUAGCAAAGCAAAUUGGAUUAAAAUACCCAUCAAGACUGAUUCAGAAAAAAAAUAGAAAAAUUUAAGGAGACUUAAAGUGAAUAAGAAAUUGAGAAGAGAAAAUUUCCUGAAGAGGAGCUUUUCUAGAUGAAUACAUGGAUGGUUUUUACUAAAUGUUUUGAGACAAACUAAACCAAUCUCGUUUAAAUUGUGCUCACCCACCCAGAAAGAAGCAAAGAAGUUUCCAAACUCCUGUAGAACUAACAUCGCAGGAUACCAAAACCAGAUAAGGAUAUCCCGGAUGAAUAGGAAGAGAGUAAAUGUAGCAGCACACUGAAUGGAGUGUACACCAUUGGCAGCUAGGAUUUGCUCAUCAGAUACAAAGAUAAUAUGUUCACUAAAGAACCUAAUGAAUGUGCUACACCAAUGGCAGAAGGAUGGAAGAAGAGUACCAUAGUGGGCACUGCUAUGCAUUGAAUAUGUCUUCCAAAUGAUUAUGUCUAAGACCCUUAAUUCUGCAGCACAGUAGUUUUCAGAGGCAAGACUUGGUGGGAAGCAUCUGGACUGUGGAGACAGGGACAAUAUGCCUUGUUCAUAGUGGCCUUUCAAAUUUUUCUCACAUAUGAGUGAUACUGUAAUGGUAUUCAUCAACUCACUUCCCACAGAGCUCAUACAUCCCACAUAUGCCAUACUUUUUUUUGAUAACUUCCUGUCAUAGUUGGAGACAAGAUCAUUUAUGUCUUUGAGGACUGCAGUCCAGACAGUGCAUUUUCACAGCAGGCCUCAUUACCUCAUGAUCCUAAGUUCAUCUUUGCUCUGUCAAAGCUGGUAAACAGCAGUGGGCAGGUGGACUUUGUCUUAGGAAUACACAGUUGGGAAUCUGAGUUAAAAUGUACCUUUCUUUAUCCGGACUGUAUGCACUGUCUAUGCUAUUAUCAUUGUUGCCUCUGUCGCUUAGUGUGUUCUUAUUGAACUCAGAAUGAAAACUAUUGUCAGCUAUUACUAGUACAUUAUUUUAAAUUGUUGGACAAUGAAUGUGUUAAGUAAAAUAUAGUUUUUUUCAAAGGUACUUAGACAUUGUAAUCAUUAACUUGUUUUGUCAGAAGUAUUGUGUACUCAGUGAUGUGAUCUCAGGUGCUCUAGGGUUGUAAAAAUCUUCAUGAGACAUGCAACUGAAGAUGAGGUUGAGAUACUUGCUAUUUAUUUUUAUAGCAUUCAUCUCAGGAGAACUCUAUGCAGAAGAGAAACAGUGUGAUUUCCCUGUGAUGGAAAAUGGAAUGAUUGCCCAAUAUUAUUAUACAUUUAAAACCUUUUACUUUCCAAUGAACAUAAAUAAAAAGCUGUCAUUCUUGUGCUUGGCUGGCUAUGCAAGUGAAAGUGGGAAGCAAGAAGAACAAAUCAGGUGUACAGCAGAAGGCUGGUCUCCAAAGCCAAGGUGCUUCAAAAAAUGCCUGAAGCCUAACCUAAGGAAUGGUUAUGUCUCUGAUGGAAAAGUACUGUACAAAAUUCAAGAUAGCAUGCGCUAUGGUUGCACUUCAGGAUACAAAACCACUGGAGGAAAGGAUGAGGAGGUGGUCCAGUGUCUUCCUGAAGGGUGGUCUUCCCAACCGUCCUGCAGGAAGGAACAAGAGACAUGCUUGGCCCCUGAGUUGGACCAUGGGAAUUAUUCCACGAUGCAGAGGACGUUCAAAGUGAAGGACAAAGUGCAAUACUCAUGUGCUGCUGGCUACUACACGGCUGCAGGGAAGCAGGCUGAGGAAGCAGAGUGCCACGUCCAUGGGUGGUCCCUCACCCCACAGUGCAACAAAUUAACGUGCUCUUCUUUGAGAUUAAUAGAAAAUGGCUAUUUUCAUCCUGUAAAGCAAACCUAUGAAGAAGGAGAUGUAGUUCAGUUUUUCUGUCAUGAAAAUUAUUACCUAAGUGGAUCUGAUUUAAUUCAGUGCUAUAACUUUGGCUGGUAUCCAGAAUCUCCCAUAUGUGAAGGAAGAAGAAGUCGAUGUCCUCCUCCACCUGUUCCUCUAAAUUCUAAAAUUCAACCACAUUCAACAACUUACCGCCAUGGAGAAACAGUUCGUAUAGAAUGUGAACUUAAUUUUGUGAUUCAGGGAUCAGAAGAACUCCACUGUGCAAACGGAAAGUGGACAGAACCUCCCAAAUGCAUUGAAGAGAAGGAGAAGGUAGCCUGUGAGCAACCACCCUCCAUUGAAAAUGGCGCUGCACAAACACACUCUGAGGUUUACUACAGUGGGGAUAAAGUGACAUACAGGUGUGAAGGAGGCUACCAGCUCCGGGGAUCAAGUAUGAUAACUUGUAAUCGUGGCCAAUGGACUCUGCCACCUGAAUGUGUUGAAAAUAACGAGAGUUGUAAGCCUCCACCUGAAAUAGCAAAUGGUGCUGUUGUCGAUGGGUUAUUGGCAAGUUAUACAACAGGAUCGUCAGUGGAGUACAGAUGCAACGAGUAUUUCUUAUUGAAUGGAUCAAAAGCAUCUCGCUGUGAACAAGGAAAGUGGUCAUCUCCACCUGUUUGCUUGGAGCCAUGUACCAUUGAUGAGGAUCACAUGGACAGAAAUAACAUACAGAUGAAGUGGAAAUUUGAGGGCAAAAUUUUACAUGGAGACCUAAUAGAUUUUGUGUGUAAACAGGGAUAUGACUUGUCCCCGACCACCCCGCUGUCUGAGUUGUCCGUGCAGUGCAAUAGAGGAAAUGUAAGAUACCCCGUGUGUGUUCAAAGAGAAUCUGGAGGGAUGUGUGCAUCUCCUCCCCUGAUAAGAAAUGGAGACAUUGUCGGUUCAGCAGGCAGCACCUAUGAAAAUGGCUCCUCAGUAGAAUACCAGUGUUUUGAAAACCAUUUCCUACAAGGGUCAAGGGAGGUCUAUUGUGUAGAUGGAGUGUGGACUGCACUGCCACUGUGUUUAGAGCCUUGUCCAUUAUCAUUUGCUGAAAUGAACAAGAAUUAUUUACAACUGAAAUGGAGUUUUGACAAUAGACCACUCAUUCUCCAUGGAGAGUAUAUUGAAUUUAUUUGUAAGAGAGGUGCAUACAUAACUGAGACAUCUAUUACUGGGUCUGAACUUCGAGUGCAAUGUGACAGAGGAAGGCUGAAAUAUCCAAAGUGUACAGAAAGACAAGGGAGUCUGUCUUUCCAAGAUGCUUUACAGAAUUAAAAACAAAUGGAAAGAAGAGAAAGAGUAUUUCAGCAUGAAUCCUGCAUAAAAUAAGUUGAGGAAGACUGUGCAGAGUUCGGUGUUCUGAGGCUUUACCUCUACAUAAAAAUGUACUCAAUAUUUUCCUUAUUUAUAAAUCAAAGCAAAAAUGUGUUUCAUUUUAGUUUGAUUUCACAUUUAACCUGGACUUUAUUGUAUCUUUCACCUGUUUAAUUUGAUUUAUCCAUCAAAUCAUUCCUGUUUCUUAUUGA